AUGAGUCCAGCAAAUAUUACGCUAUGGGUUCGAGACACCGCGAGUGAUCUCGAGUCGGUUCCAAGCACCUUUUCCAGCUGGGACUCAUGUAUGGACAAAUCGUACUGCAAGCGCAGAAACAAAACGCCUAAACACUUUGAUGACCCUCCGUUCCACCAGCCUCCUCCACCAGCUCCGAAUCCGGUCUAUCAAGCGCCACCAGCCCCACCCGCAUAUCGUGGUGCGCAACAGACUGCGCAUUUCGAUGCGCCCAAGUCCCCGGCCGCUCAUGUCAAUGAGGACGCCCUGCCUGAGAUGCCUACCUGGGCCGGUGCCAUUGACAAGCAUGUUGAAGACCCAAAUCAUCACGACGACGUCGAAAUGGAACCAUUGAAUCCCCCAGACCGGAGGCAGGGUGCUGGUACACCUGGUGCCGCUUAUGCUGACUAUCCCCCCAACCCAGCCAUGGGCGCGGCCGCCGUGGGAUACAGAGGAUUUGGGCCUACCGAUCCGCGUGCACGACGGUCUCCCGGCCCGGGAGCAGCUUUGAAUCCCAUACAAGACCCCUAUGGCCGACGUUCGCCGGGCAUGCCUUCCUCUGGGGCGGCCAUGGACCCAUAUGGGAGAAGAUCCCCGGGCCCGGCGGCACUUGCUGCCAAGGAUCCAUACGGAAGACGUUCGCCCGGCCCAGCAGCAGUGUUGGCUGUCAGUCAAGAUCCGUACGGGCGGCGCUCGCCGGGUAUGUCACCCUCAGCCCCAGCAGCUGGCUAUGGCGCCGCAGCGCACAACCCAUACGGUUCGCACUCUCACGGCGCUCCAGUGCACAACCCUUACGACCAGCAACCAUACCAAGACUCCUAUCACGACCACUCCUAUGACGACCACUCCUACGGCGCAGGCAACGACUACCACGCAGUGACCGCACCCUCGCCCGUGGCUGCAUACAAGCCGCACACCAACUACAGCCCCGUGCCAAUGGCCUUCUCCCCAUCCUCGGACAUAGAUCAUUCCGCAGCGGCCGUAGCCCCAACACCAGGCUUCCAGCGCCAGCCAUCUUUCGGCUCUAGCCAGUAUCCCCCCACAUACACCUCCCAGCCUUCAUACCGCGCCUUCUCCCCCGGUGCUCCUUCUUCGCCCCCUCCUGCUUUCUCGGCUCCUUCGCCUUCAGAGUACACUACCUAUAACCCCCACGCCAACACCACUCCCAUGCCCGAACCCGACAACACCAGACCUCCAAGUCUGUUGCAGAGCGGUAAAAAGCCCACCGUCAAUGCCUAUAGCAACUUUUGA